UCAACACUACACCACUGUUUGUAAACAAAAGUUUUUGGCCGCAAAACAAAACGCUAACGAAUUUGAGUUUCAAAUAAAUCAAUGUUUGCAUUCAUUUGUUGCCAAUUCAAUGAUGUUUGACUGGGAGUCCGGUGACGGACAUACACAUCCCGAUGAUACAGACAAAGACUUUGAUCCCAUUCAUCCAGUCCUAUGCCAUCCGGAGCUCAUGAGUAGAAAACAAUUACACGAUUUGUUACAAAAGCGCCACUGGAGUCUACCGGAAGAGCUGGCUGUGAAUGGCUAUGAAUACUAUAAUUUAAUUGAUUUAUACAACAGAGUAUUACUUCCGUUACCACAGCGAAGGUAUGGAGACAAUAGACAGUCCACUCACUUAAAGGCCAAACAAUUGGAUUGCAAUCAGAGUUUUGCGCUCAAGAGGAAGAGCGAUGAGCUGACCGCCAGUGCCGACAAUAGCAGCGCUAAGAAAGUGAAGACAAUUAGUAGUGAUUGUUGUGAUAAUUAUGAGACAAAUGGCAAACGAAACGCAACACACGUCUCGCAACAAACUAUUGAUAAUAAACGGCACAAAAUUUCGUGGCCUUAAGGGUCACUGAAUUAGCGUUCAGUUAUAGUCAUAUAAUAGACGA